GCGUUUUAUUUUCGAUGCGAAGGCGCUCGACGGUCAGUCGAAUUUCAAACUCGGAGCGAUCGAGUGUUACUUGAUAAUUAGCUGACAAAUACCGGGAUCUGCUUAUCAGCCUUAUCUUUCAACGAGUCACGAAUUUACGAAAUGGAACGCAGGCGGCCGUCGUCAAAUCCCAAUCAAACAACCAAUUGGCGUAUGUUGGGAAAUUCGAAAACUCGUCCACCAUCACCAAAGAAGCCAGGGAGUAUGUUCACACGGAUCGAUCGGGAUACGAAAUUUUAUGAUGGACAAGACGUAGAAGGCAUCCAUCUGUUGACAGAUUUAGACCAAGUGCGAGAACUCCAGGUGCGUUUGGGUCGCUUUUCUAAAGGACCCAAAAACUUUUUCCCAGUAAAUUGGCCCGUUUCACUAUCGACGGAAAACAUUUCCAAUCUCACGUCCGGCAACUAUGUCGUGGCUCCUAAACCAACUGGACCGCGUUUCCUUCUUUACGUCGACUCUUCCAGCGAAAUGUUUCUGGAAAACAUGACGCAACACAUCUUCCGCGUAGAUGAGGAUCAUGCCGUCAAGAUGGUGUCAUUCGAUGGUCUAUCCAUCACUGACACUGUCCUGGACGGUGCCUUUUGUAAAGCGAAACGUAAUGACAAUUGUAGCGGUGGAGAGGACAGUCCGGAGAAGUUGACAUUUGUAAUUCGUGAUGCAAUUCGGUGCAAGGGCAUAGACCUAACAGACAUGAACAUUGCCGAACGUAUUGGUUUUGUCAAUGAAGAAAUCAUGAAACCACGAUUGUACGCUUUGAAAAACAGCAAGGAGUCCAACCAAAAGGAGGCGUUCACCCUAGACAUAGUCGAAUACUUUGAAGCUUAUCAAACCGAGAAUUAUUUGAACAGUGGAUUCGAAGAGCGCUUCAAAUAUCCAAUGCGCUCAUUCAUUUUCUUCCCGCGAAGGAAGGGUUACGUCUGUGGAACCAACCACGACAUCUUUCAGUGGAUAGAAAAUGAGAUUCACUUAUGCAGUUUUCGUCUAAGAAUUCUAAAAGGGGUUAAAGAGCCAAAAGAAGCCGAUCUACUUGUUGGUGGCCCUAACAGGACAGAAAUGAAAUGGGAAACGAUUCCGCUUACGGAUGAAAUUCGAAAGCUAGACGGCUGCAUUAUAGAUUGUCGCUAUGAAGACCAUCAUUGGGUUUUCGUUAAAGAACGUCUCGACCGCAACCAUCCAAAUGGAAGGAAUGCAUUAUUAGGGAAGAUCCAUGCCGAAGAACACCCGGUAUCGCGUCAUUUGCUCUUGACAACUCUGGACCAAUGCAGAGGAUUUGAUUGAAAAAAAACAAAUAUUUCGUAUCGUCUUUUCAAAGUUUGAACAAUAAUUUCAGUUGAAAUAUGUCGGUAAUUGAAUAAGGCAUUCCUUUAAUCGUAUCUUAAUCUGGAAAACAAUACAGUCGUUAAUAAUGAAA